CACCGCAGCGGGACGCCAACAACCUCUUCCGGGUUCGCACCAUUCCCUCGCUCGCCUCGCUCGAAGAUGAAUGUUAUGAGGGCGUAAUUUCUGGUACAUAACCGCGUUUCCCGGCAGAAGGGAAACACUGUACGUGAAUUCACAUUUUGAAAAGCUUUUCUUUGAGUAUUGUGUUCUUGUGACGCCGCUGUUGGUUGAGCCUGAAGCGCUGCGUGUUAGCUAAACAUGUCCGCGGAGGAAGCGGACAAAACGACCACCACGGAUGCCAGUGCUGGAGAUGAGGAGGAGGAAUGGCUGUACGGAGAUGAGUCCGAGGGCAGAGAUGAAGACGAAGAAGCCAAACUGAAUGCAGCAGUCAGUGCACCUGCUGAUGCCUCCACAGAGGAUGCUGCAGCACACGCUACAGGCAAUGGAGUGGCCUCUGAGGACACAGGUGAGGGUGAAGGCGAGGGCGAUGGUGCAGGAGCAGGUGAGGACGUUGACAGUGACAGCGACAGUGAUGACGACGACGACGAUGUCCGCGUCACCAUUGGAGACAUUAAAACUGGAGCGCCACAGUACACAACUUAUGGCGCUCCACCUGUCAAUCUCAACAUAAAGACCGGCUCCAGACCUUAUGGACAAGCUUCCAAGAUGAAGGGAGUGGAUCUGGACGCUCCUGGUAACAUUAACGGGGUUCCAGUGCUGGAAGCGGAAGUGGAGUCCUUUGAAGAGAAGCCCUGGAGAAAGCCAGGAGCGGAUCUAUCGGACUACUUUAACUACGGCUUCAAUGAAGACACUUGGAAAGCUUAUUGUGAGAAACAGAGGAGACUGCGCAUGGGCCUGGAGGUCUCUACUAUCGGCUCGGUGACGAGCAAGAUCACUGUCCAGCAAGGGCGGACAGGGAAUGACAAGGACAUGUCCAGUUUGCCGGUUCACACGUCGAAGCCAGACUUCACAUCUCCUGUCAGCCUGUACAAGCCGGCUGUCAGCCAGCUCAACCGGAUCUCUCCCCCUCAGUGGCCAGGUCCGCCUCCUCAGGACUUGUCCUAUUAUACGAAGACGAGUGGUACUAUCGAUGUGAUCGGUGGAGGGACGGCCACCAUCAGCCGGGUGGAAGGGCGACGCAGACACAAUCUAGAAGGGAACAAUAUCCAGGUGAUCGCCGAACAAACGGACGCCGAGCCGACUCCGGCUAAGAUCCCACCCUUCUUCCCUCCCGGAGCGCUUCCCCCAAACAUCCCCCCACCGCCGUUCCUCCCGCCGCCACCCAACGUCAACGCUGCACCUCCACUCAUCCCCCCACCGCGGUUGCCCAUCACAGUUCCUCCUCCUGGUUUUCCCCCUCCCCCCAGCGGCCCCCCUCCUGCUAUCAUCCCCACUAUGGACAGUGGCCACCCUGGCGGUUAUGAUGCACGCUCGGUCCCUCCCUACCCGUUCCCUCAAGGCGCAUACCCUCCGCCCAUGACUGGAGGCGUGCCUCCACCCUGGCCCCCCAUGAUGGACAACUCCAAACCCUGGGACUACUACCACCGUCGAGACGAAAAGAGAGAGAAGGAGAGGGAGCGGCCCAGAGAGAGGACGCAUGAGCGGGAGAGAGAGAGGGAGCACAGCCCGUCAGCGAUUAGCUACACCAGCGACGAGGAGCGAUUCCGUUACCGCGAGUACCAGGAACGUGGUUACGCCGAGCGGCACCGCGAGCGGUCGAGCCGGGAGAAGGAGGACAGACACCGAGAGAGACGGCACCGAGAGAAGGAGGAGGGACGCCACAAGUCCUCUCGCAGCAGCAGUAGCAGGAGGAGGCACGAAAGCGAGGAGGGCGACAGCCACCGGAGGCACAAACACAAGAAGAGCAAGAGGAGCAAGGAGGGCAAAGAGGCCGGCGAGGAGAUCAGCGCAGACCAAGAGAACCAGGAGGCCAUGGAGUAGCAAUCGCCACCCCCUGCCCCCACCCCCCGUCUGUGUGGUCCUUUCCCUGUCUGUCUCUGGGUCCUGUCUGUCUCUCCGCGUCUGCCACACGCAUGACGAUGAGGAGGGAAAGGGGGGGUUUGGGGACAGAUCAAGAACCAGAAAGUCAGAGCGCGAUCGAUACGUCUCUCCAUCAAUCUACGUUCUCCUCCGUCCUCGCCAUCGCCCCGGGCGGAGAGCUGAUGGAGCGGAGGAGGUGGUCAUCCUGUUUAGUCAGUCGGUCUUACUUUCACGGGCCGACAUGAGGCGAAGACGCCAAUCUGUCUUCAUCCUCCACACCCGUCUCCUCUCGUUUCUCCCGCCCCUCAGAGCACUGCUGUAACAAUGAGGUGGUGCUCAGAGAUCUCCCUGUAGCGCCCCACUGAUCAGCAGGUUUAGCUCUUUUUUUCUGUCAUUUGUUUGUUAUUGUCCUGUAUGAAGAAAUCUAUUACCAACGGGUCAAUUUGUUGAAUUAAAAAAAACCCUUUUUGAUAAGACAUCA